GUCGCUCCUUCCUAUUGUCACUCGUCAAGCAUGUCGCGACUGCUGAAUACGUUACCGCGCCGGCCGAGGGGAACGGUAACCUUGCGCCAAUCAUGCCUUGAUCAACCUGCCAUUGCGGCCACUCGUUACCUCACAAUCUUCUCCGGCGCAUUCAGGACGGCACUCCCGAAACCAUGGUCUAUUUCUCUAUCCUCGUUCAAGACCUUCUCCGCCACCUCGACAAAUCUUGCCAAAGGCCAUUCGACUCGUGAAUUACUCCCUUCUGGUCCAGCACGAACGAGAUUUGCGCCUUCUCCCACCGGCUACCUCCAUCUUGGAUCGCUACGCACCGCACUCUUCAACUAUCUCCUAGCGAAACGGACAGGAGGCCAAUUUCUACUCAGGAUAGAAGACACAGAUCAGAAAAGACUGGUUCCUGAUGCAGAGCAAAGGCUGUGCGACGACCUGAGAUGGGCUGGAAUCCAGUGGGACGAAGGUCCACAAGUCGGCGGUCCUUACGGUCCCUACAAGCAGUCUGAAAGAACACUGCUAUACCAGAAACACGCCCAGGAACUUGUCGACUCCAAAGCCGCCUUCAGAUGCUUUUGCAGCUCGACUGCUCAAGCUCCUGUGGACGUCGACGCCUCACUAGUAGGUUCUGCCAUUGGUGGCUGCCACAGUGACUGCGCCAGUAUAUUUCUAGAAGAAUCUGCCGAGAGAGCACGCUCGGAGAAACACGCAGUUCGCUUCGGAAAACCCGACAAGGCCCCCAGCUGGUCUGAUCUUGUCUAUGGCAAAGUCUCGCUCGAAUCGAAAAAGACAUUGCCUCAAAGAGCCGCUGUCGAAGGUGUCAUUCUUCUCAAAGGCGACGGGACACCAACAUAUCAUCUGGCCAACGUCAUUGACGACCACUACAUGAAGAUUACUCAUGUCAUCCGUGGCACCGAGUGGAUGUCCUCGACGCCUCUACACGCCGCCCUCUACAAUGCUUUCGGGUGGACCCCUCCAGCUUUCGCACAUGUUGGUCUACUCACCGAUAAAGAUCAGGCGAAACUUUCAAAGCGUAACUUUGACACGGAUAUUGGAGCGCUUAAGACGAAGCACGGUAUCUUGCCAGAGAGUCUUGCUAACUUCCUCGCAUUGCUGGGCUGGCGUAAUCCUACGCGGGACGAUGUCUUGGAAAUGAACAAACUGAUUGAACUCUUCGACUUGAAGUUCACCAAAGGUAACUCGAUCGUGUCAUUUGACAAAUUGUGGUAUCUACAAAAGAACCAUGCCAAGAUUAUCAUCGAGCGCGCAAUGAAGUCCGUCGAGACAGACCCGUCUUUGGAAACUCUCAUCGAUCUGCUAGAGUCCAGCGCGCGUACUGCUCAUCCUGACUCGAGUGCAGUGUCAGAGAACCCGGACUUUAGGAAGCAUCUCACGAACAUUCUCUUCAUCGACCCAAAAACAUACGAAAACCCGUCCUCAUACAUCGAGCGAAACGCGUACUUCUUCACCGCUCUACAACCAGUCCCAUCGACAUCUGAGUCUGCGAUUUCCACUCAAGAGCUUCAUGCAGCAGCCCUCGAGAUUAUGUCUAAUGUUGACACGACCAUCUUGGAGACGACAUCAACGUCUGUUUCCAACUAUGCACAAUUAAAACAGGAUCUCGAUGCUGCAGUAGGAGAGUAUUCGAGAGUUAUCGGCAAAACAUGUCAAGAGCGUGCAACAAACGACGGAGAAGUCGAAAAAGAACAGUUGAAGGAGUGGAGUAAAUCCCUUCAUCGUUAUCUGCGAGAGAAGUUGUGCUUUGGACGUCCAGGACCUGGCAGCUCGCAAGUCAUGGCUGUGCUUGGCCAUGCGGAGUGUUUGAGAAGGCUCGAGAUGUGAUGUCUCCUCUUGCGCAGAACCCCACUUUGUAAUCAUAGAACUUGUAACAUAUCAUCCUCUGCAUGUAACUCUGGCCAUGCAUGACCAUAGCAACACAAUACCGGGGUAGUAUAGGCUGUCAACUCAUGGACCCAUGGGUCACGAUGCCCAACUCUCCAAAUUCCCCUCAAUCCUUCUCUUGCCAUUUCUGUUGACACACCGUCAUCAUUCCCAUCACACUUAUCUC